GUGUGAGUUUGUUUUUCAGUAAAAGCCUUCAUUAAAAUGGCAGAGGCGAAUAUUUCAGUAGCUCAGGAUCAGUUCAGCCGUCCAAUCUGUUUCGAUCUAAUCAAGAAUCCAGUAGCUCCUCUCUGUGGACACAGUUUCUGUAUGAUGUGUAUUAAUGACUGCUGGGAUCAGGAGGAUCAGAAGCAAGUCUAUAGCUGUCCACAGUGUAAACAAACCUUCACUCCAAGACCUGUUGUGAGUAAAAACACCAUGCUGGCUGAAGUAGUGGAGAUGCUGAAGAAGACAGGACUCCAAGCUACACGUCCUGCUCAGUGUUCAGCUGGACCUGAAGAUGUGGAGUAUGAUUCCUGCUCUGGGAGAAAUUACAAAGCCAUCAAGUCCUGUCUGGUGUGUCUGGCCUCUUUCUGUGAAACUCACCUCCAGCCUCACUAUGAAGCUCCUGCCUUUAAGAAGCACAAGCUGACCGAAGCCUCCAGACGACUCCAGGAGCAGAUCUGCUCUCAGCAUGACAAACUGCUGGAGGUUUACUGUCGCACUCACCAGCAGUGUAUCUGCAUGUUGUGUACCAUGGAUGAACAUAAAGGACAUAAUGCAGUACCAGCUGCAGCAGGAAGAGCUGAGAAACAGGUAACAAUAUCUUACAGCUGUCUUUUACAACUAGUCAAGGGAAAAAAUAAAACAAAUAACAAAUAAGUAAGAUUGCCCUUACAGAAAAGUAACACAAACUUCACAUCUAAAUUUUACCUAUUAUGUUGCAUACAUUUUUCUAUGAAAGGUAAAAGUUAAAAAAUGUUCACUGCAUUGACCUUGUUAUAAUUUAACUGUUUGCAGCUCUAACGGUGUUUAAUUGUGUGC